ACACUGAAGGCAGUUUUGGUUGGAGAACGUUAGUCGAUGAGAUAAAUAACAUAUUACUUAUAUCAAAACCAGCGUCGCCAUCUCUACACGGAGAUAUAGCAUAUGUCAACAUAAAAAAAGAUGGGUUGGGUCCAAUAAAAUCAUUAGUUUUAGACGACGAUGAAAUGAAGGAUGCGAGAAAAACCGCAUACCAGAAUAUGUUAAGGAAUAGUCGAAAUUUAGGUAGUGGAUUGACAUCCGGUCAAUUUUGGCACAUGGAUGACAUAGUUUAUGCCGUUAGUUUCACGGACAGCAAUCUAGAUGGGGGAGUGAUAUUUCUAAGAUACAAAAAAGGGAAAUUGUCAAUUAUCAUGAAAAAUCGUAAACCAUUCCAACUGAAUUAUGACGACAUGGGUGUUAGUCCCAAGAAUAUCAUGUUCGGUGCAGCGCUGUGCGCUGCUACACUGUAUGGUAACAGUUACACAGACCUGGUGGUAGGUGCGCCGGCGCAGCACGGCACUUCCGCCUCGGACCCGGAGUUCGGCGCUAUCCAUAUUUAUAAGGGCUCAUUCAAAAUGGCACACUUUAUAAUACGAAAAUUGACAUUAAUAAGUGUUAACGAAGAAUCAAGAUUCGGGAGUAGCGUUGUCGCGAACGACUUGGAUGGCGAUGGAUUGCAAGAAUUAUUUGUCAGUGCGCCAUACCAGAACGAAGGUGUUGUGUAUGUACUAUCCGGAUACGAAAUAAGAGAAAUAAGCAAACAGAUCGACGAAAAUGGUAGCACAGAUACAGUUGACGUUUCUGAUCUCAAAUACACACAGAUUAUAAAGAGAGAGGGAUACAAGCGAUUGGGUUUUAGUAUUGGAGUCAUGUCUGACAUGGACAGCAACGGAUGCGAUGAAAUAGCGAUUGGCGCUCCUGCAAGUAAUAAAAUUAUGAUUCUCCGCUGUAUUCCUGCCGUCACCAUCAAUGUUACUACUGAGCUUGAUGGACCUAAGAUAGUUCCAGAAUCAGAAAAUGAAUUCAAAAUAAAAACUUGUAUAAACCUGGAAUACAAAUCUAAUAUGGACAACAUUGCAGCACAUGUGUCGCUAAAGAAUACGAUAAGCGGAACUCGAGUUAACAUCACUUGCCGUCCAAAACUUAUAGACAUUGAUAUAAGCAGCAAGGAAAAUACUUAUUGUCACAUUGUAAACGUUUAUAUAGUUGGUUUUGAACCUGGUCUUUACACAUUUACAUCGGAAGCUAAGUUGAUCACUGCGGGAUUAGAAAACACGGAUUUCAACCCGUCUUGGGUGAACGUAACUCCGUACAGCAUCAUGAAGAAAACUCAGCUCAUAGAACGAGGCUGUUCUGGUGAAGAAUGCAUUUACCAUUUUAAAAUGAAUUUCUUAUGGUCUGGAGGUGAAAUCAAAAAAGGUUACAAAUAUGACGUGAAUUCUAUGAAAUACGAGACACUAACGCUUCACAUCACCAAUGAGGGUAGGAUCGCGUUCACCGCGUGCGCACUAGUGAACGUUGUGGGCGCGCCCGUCGACCAAUUAUAUUGCUCCCACGGUUCUGAUGGAUACCUCUGUCGGCUGCCAGAGGGCUUCAGGAAAAAUACAUCGUAUGAUAUCCUAAUCAAAUUGGAAACGAGUCGACUGACGAACGAAUUUACUGGUUUGAACGUGACAGUAAAUUUGUAUGAAGAAUGCGAUGAGAAGAAUUCUCCAAUCAAGGAGCAAUUUUAUGUGGAAUACGACUUUACCAUGGAUAGAAUUGAGGUUCAAGGAGUUUCAGAAACACGUAGUAUUACAGAGAAGGCGAUCAAAACCAGCUCGGGAACCAUUGAUGUUACACAUACAUAUCGGAUUUCCAAUAAAGGAACAGUUUCGUGGAAAGACGUCGUAAUGGACAUUUCCGUCCAAGAAUCUAACUUUAUAAAAGAAUUGCUUGUAACAUCAGAAAAUCAGUGCAAGAUAAUUAAUCAGACAACCAGUUGUAGUUUAGAUUUGAUUCCGUCGUCGACACUCAAAAUAGUGGUCACGAUUGUAGUCUGGAAAAAUCAAAUAGAGAAACUUCUUCUGGUUAAAAAGUUGGCGAUUACAAGUAACAUAUCCUUGAAGCUACUCCCUACAACAGUUAUAAAAACGACGAGCGUGACGUCAGUGCCUGUCUACGAAAAAGAUACAACGAUUGGCCAGAACAAGUCUGUCAUUAUAAUAAUAGCUAUAUUAGUGGCUGCCAUAUUAUUUGCUAUAGUCAUUUACAUACUGUACAGAGUUGGAUUUUUCAGAAGAAAGCAGAAAGAAGAACUACAAGCCGAAAUAAAACGAAGAAGUGUUAAGCGGCCCAACACUACAUCUCAAGUAGAGGAUUCUCUUUUAGAAAUAAAUGACGAUGAGAUUUAUGAUGAUCAAGAUACUCUUCUUCGUGAUAAAGGUCAACCCAGUUCAAGUAAACAGCCCUCGAGGAUAUCGACAUCCAAAAACGUCGUCGAAACUGAAAACGCCGUAACCGCGGAAGAAAAAACCAAAUCCAUUGUUUCUGAAGAAAAUAAGUCAUAGUAUUUGUCUUUUUAUAAUAAUAUUUUUAUUGUAAUUACUUAUUGCUUUGAUUUGUGUAAAGAUUAUUAUGUAAAGGAAAUUAAAAUAAAUGUACAAUGUAGUAUGAGUGUAUAAUGUUUUAUAAAUAAUUUGAUGUUUUAAUUUUUAAUUUUAUUUUUAUAAAACAUUGAAAAAAAUACA